AUGAAAACAAUUAGAAGUUUAGCUACAGCAGCUAAUAAUAAUAUUAAAAAGCCAUCUAACUCACCACAGUUUAACGUAUUUGAUAGAUCAACAAAAUUAAUUCAUAGAUCAAAAUAUGCAAAAUUAGAUCCCGAAUUAUCAAGAAAGAAGGACUACUUACGUAACGAAAUUGCAAUUAAAACUAUAGAAAGAUUGGCAUUUAUAACUAGACCAUUUGAUAAAUUAUUAGAUUUUGGAUCAAAUUCGGGUAAUUUUCUAAAUCAAUUAUGUACAACUUCAAAACUCCCAAAAGCACUAAGUGGUGAUGAAGUUGAAAUUAAAAUAAUAGAUCAAUUAAAUAAAGAUAAAGAAGUGGUCAGGAACAAAAUAAAAGAUGUAUAUUUAUUUGAUUCUUCUGAAUCAUUAUUAAAUAGAGAUUCAUCCCAGAAACUAGAUCAUCCAUUCCCUGGUAAAAUUCAUAAAUUCAUCGCUGAUGAAGAAUCGUUUGAUCAUGAAAUACUCCUUCAAAAUGAAAAUCAAUUUGAUGCUGUCAUUUCUAAUUUAAGUCUACAUUGGAUAAAUGAUCUACCUACCACAUUAUCAAAUAUAAACAAAAUUUUAAAACCAGAUGGUUUAUUUAUGGGAACUGUUUUUGGAGGGGAUACGUUAUAUGAAUUAAGAACAUCAUUACAAUUAGCAGAAUUGGAAAGAAAAGGAGGUAUGUCUCCAAGAGUAUCACCAUUAAUACACUUAAAUGAUGUUGGAAACUUAUUAAAUCGUGCUGGGUUUUCAAUGUUGACUAUUGAUGCUGAAGAUAUUAUAGUUGGUGGAUUCCCUGACAUCAUUUCCCUCUGUGAAGAUUUACAAAUUAUGGGAGAACAAAAUGCUGUUUUAUCUAGAUCAAAUUAUUUACCAAGAGACGUAUUGUUAGCUGCUAAUGAAAUAUAUAAAAGUUUACAUGGUGAAAUUCAAUCAAAUGGUGAUGUAUUAUUACCUGCGACUUUCAAUAUAAUAUUUAUGAUUGGAUGGAAGAAAUCAAAAGAUCAACCACAGCCAUUACAAAGAGGAACUGGUGAAAUAAAUUUAAAAGAAGUGUUGUAG